AGUAAGGGUAGCAAAUGAGUUGGGAGCUGGAAAUGGAAAAGGAGCCAAGUUUGCAACAGCAGUAGCAGUUACACAAUCAAUAGUGAUUGGUUUAUUUUUCUGGAUUUUGAUCAUAUUUUUCCACAAUGAACUUGCUCUUAUUUUCUCCACUAGCCAACCUGUCCUUGAAGCUGUUCAUAAACUCUCUAUCCUCUUAGCCUUCACUGUUCUCCUCAACAGCGUUCAGCCCAUUCUCUCGGGGGUUGCUGUUGGAUCUGGAUGGCAAGCAUAUGUUGCAUAUAUAAAUUUGGGUUGCUAUUAUUUACUUGGAGUCCCUCUUGGCUUCAUAAUGGGAUGGGGUUUCCACUAUGGUGUCAUGGGCAUCUGGGCUGGAAUGAUCUUUGGUGGAACUGCAGUUCAGACUUUGAUUUUGGCUAUAAUCACAAUAAGAUGUGAUUGGAAUAAAGAGGCAGAGAAGGCCUCUACACAUGUAAAGAAAUGGGAAGACGUUGGUCACUUAACCUCGUAGAAAUAAAUAGCCAGAAAUUUCGCCAAGCAUUAUUGAAGAAUAAUGACGAAAAAUGAUAAAAAGAGAGGAUAGUUCUCUCCAAGUUUUGUGCACUGAUUUUUCAGGCUAAGCUAGUUGUAAUUUCGUUUUCUACAUAGAAGUGAAGCAAAAUAUGUAUAAAUUUUAAAGGAAGUUGAUUGAUGAAUGAUGAUAUGUAUUUUUAAUCCUGAAAAUGAAUCGUUAAUGUAAACAGAAAUUCUCAACAGCUGGUAUGACUAGAGUUCGGAGUUCUUUUGA